AGGGAAAGAAAGAGAAAGCGGGGAGACCGGGCAGCUCUCUCCGGUUGCUCCAGCAGCCAGGACCAACGCAGGAUCCCGGGGCUUUCGAGGCGGGGCGGUAUGGACGAUGGCGUUGGAAGCGGCUCCCUUGACUAAGCUGAGGAGCCGGCGUGCCGCGUUGCUGCGGAAAGGAGUCAGCUUUGAAUGCGAGAGCGACGGCGACAACUCUGUCUCCGAGGACCUGGGCUGUAGACGUGGAGAAUUCAGCCGAAAGCAUUAUGGAUCGGUAGAGCUGCUCAUUUCCAGUGACGCUGAUGGAGCUAUCCAAAGAGCUGGGCGAUUCCGGGUGGAAAAUGGCUCUGUUGAUGAGAAUACAGAUUAUGCCCCUGGUACAUGGCGCAGAACAGAUGUGCAUUUGGAGAACCCAGAGUACCACACCAGAUGGUACUUCAAGUAUUUUCUAGGAAAAGUUCAUCAGAACUAUGUAGGAACAGACAUAGAGAAGAACCCCUUUUUUCUGUCUGUCGUACUCUCUGACCAAAACAAUCAGCGUGUUCCUCAAUACCGUGCAAUCCUCUGGAGAAAAACAGGUACUCUGAAAAUAUGCCUCCCUUACAGUCCUACCAAAACUUUGUCUGUGAAAUCUAUUUUAAGUGCCAUGAAUCUUGACAAAUUUGAGAAAGGCCCUAGAGAAAUUCUUCACCCUGAAAUUCAAAAGGAUUUAUUGGUUCUGGAAGAGCAAGAGGGCUCUGUCAAUUUUAAGUUUGGAGUACUUUAUGCCAAAGAUGGACAGCUAACAGAUGACGAGAUGUUCAGCAACGAAGCUGGCAGCGAAAGCUUUCAGAGGUUACUGAGUCUCUUGGGGGACACCAUUACUUUGAAGGGCUGGACCGGCUACAGAGGAGGACUGGACACCAAAAAUGACACCACAGGCAUUUUUUCCAUCUACACUGUCUACCAAGGGCACGAGAUAAUGUUCCACGUCUCAACCAUGCUUCCAUAUUCUAAAGAGAACAAACAGCAAGUGGAAAGGAAACGGCAUAUCGGGAACGACAUUGUCACCAUUGUGUUCCAAGAAGGAGAAGAAUCCUCUCCAGCCUUUAAGCCAUCCAUGAUCCGCUCCCACUUUACACAUAUUUUUGCCUUAGUGAGAUAUAAUACGCAGAGUGAUAGUUACAGGCUGAAAAUCUUUUCGGAAGAAAGCGUACCUCUCUUUGGGCCUCCUCUUCCAUCCCCACCAGUGUUUACGGACCACCAAGAAUUCAGGGACUUCUUGCUGGUGAAAUUAAUCAAUGGGGAGAAAGCCACCCUGGAAACUCCGACAUUUGCUCAGAAGCGGCAGCGUACUUUGGACAUGCUGAUCCGCUCUUUGUACCAGGACCUCAUGCCUGACAUGCACAAGAACAUGCUGAACAGGAGAUCCUUCAGUGAUGUCUUACCUGAGUCCCCAAAAUCGGCCCGGAAGAAAGAGGAGGCCCGACAAGCUGAAUUUGUCCGUCUUGGCCAGGCACUCAAACUCAAAACCAUUGUGAGAGGCGAUGCCCCAGCUAUUCUGGCUUCCACGAGCCUCUGUAAAAAGGAGCCCUGGGAGUCCCAGUGCUUCUGCAGCAAUUUCCCUCAUGAUGUUGUCUGCGCAGAUUCCUGGGGCCAGUCAUUGCUCGUCUCUACAGAUGUUGGCGUCCUCCUCUUAGAUGAUGGGCAGCCUCCCAUCCCAGUGUUUGAUAAAACUUUACAGAUCAAACAGAUGCAUGUAUUGGAAACUCUGGACCUUCUCAUUACUAGAGCAGACAAAGGGAAGGAUGCUCGCCUCCUCGUCUUCCGGCUGAGUGCCGUGCGGAAAGGCAUGGAAUCCAAGCAAGCCAGAAGCAAGUGUGACUGCCGAGAGAACAAACUGGAGAAAACGAAAGGCUGCCAUCUGUAUGCCAUCAACACCCACCACAGCAACGAGCUACGGAUUGUCGCAUCCAUCCGGAACAAGCUGCUUCUCAUCACCAGGAAGUUCAAGCAGUGGGAGGGUCUGAACAGUGGCCUCUCGUUGUCGCCUCAGUCAGAGUCCCCAGUUGAAGAAUUCCAGUACAUCCGGGAGAUCUGCUUGUCUGACCCCCCUGUUGUCAUGACAUUGGUGGACGGGCCCACAGGGGAAAAUGACAACCUGAUUUGCGUCGCCUACCGGCACCAGUUUGACUUGAUCAAUGAGAGCACGGGCGAAUCCUACAGAUUGCACCAUGUUGACUCGAGCAGGGUUAAUUUUGUUGCAGCUAUUGAUGUGUAUGAAGAUGGAGAAGCUGGCCUGCUCUUGUGCUAUAACUAUGUCUGCUAUUACCGCAAAGUGUGUCCCUUCAAUGGGGGCUCGCCUUUGGUCCAGCCAUCAGCAUCUGACUUCCACUUCAGCUGGAACCAGGUUCCUUAUGCCAUUGUUUGCGCUUUCCCCUAUAUUUUGGCCUUUACCACCGAUUCCAUUGAGAUCCGAUUAGUGGUGAAUGGGAACCUCGUCCACACAGCUGUGGUCCCUGCGCUUCAGCUGGUGGCAUCAAGGUCAGAUAUCUACUUCAGAGCCGUAACGGCAGUGAGCGAGCCAUCCAAUGGCAGUUCCAAGGAGACUAAUUCACCUACUACCCCUCAGACACCAUCAGUCAAUGAAAUCCCUGUUUUCUCUCCUUCCGCAGCAGAAGGUGAAGCUCUGUGCAAAAACAUCUACAAGAUCCCCCUGAGCAACCUGGUCGGCAGGAGCAUCGAACGCCCACUCAAGUCCCCCCUGGUCCCCAAAGUCAUCACCACCCCGACGUCGGCCAGCAGCACCUCCAUCCCUGUCGCUCCUUCCCUCUCUUUGUCGCGCAUAGAGAUCAAAGAAAUCGCAACCCGGACACGCAAAGAAUUACUUGGUCUCCUAGACGGCCAUGGUCCCAAGUCGGAGGGGGGACAAAAGCAGAAGAAAAUCCCCCAGAAACAGUCGGACCCCAAGCCAGGAACAGUACGGUCAACAAGUAGUGACAGGCUCGUUGCAUGCUCUUUCGAAAGCACUUCUGAAGAGCGCCACUUCUCCACCAGUUCAGACCCCGACACCACUACACGGGACGAGAGCCCCCAGUCCAGCAGCCUCUUUCAGCUUGGGGCUUCCUUUGACGAAGACAUCAUUGACUUGAAGUGAAGACAAUCUGGACACAGCACUUGCACACCUUUCCUCACCCCCCCCUACCCCCAUUUGUUAUGACAGUAUAAAAACAUCACACUACACUUUCUGAUAAUUCUGGAAUACAGAAUAUAUACAUAGGAAAUUGAGAUCUAGAAUGCCCAGUAUUUCCAGCUUAUUCAGAUGGAAAGGGCAGGUGGGACAUAGCAUAUUUUAUUUUUCUUGGUUGAAUAUUAGGGCACUCACCCCAUUACAGGAAUCUCAGCUGGUGGAGCAGAUGAGUUUUAAUCAGUUAAUUGAUUAAAGUGUAUAGGACUUAAACAUUAGUUUUCAAUUUAGAAAGGUUGUCCACAUU